AUGCUGAAAAUUGGUUUAUCAAGUGAAAUAAUGAAAGAACAAAGGAAAUUCAUUUCCACGGAAUUGGAUCAAGGAGAUUUCCAACAGCCUUUUCCAGAAACACAAUUAGGUUUCUCUUCCUGCUAUUUCACAAAUAAGCUCUCACCUUUACUCUGA